AGCAAAUCGCCGCAUACAAGGUUCUUUGUCCCAGAAGCCCAUUGUAUAGAGCCGAGGAAACCCUGUGCCGUAAGCAGCCAUCUUGAGCCAGGAUAACCUGCAAACCUGUUCUGAACAGCUUCAAAACAACUAAAGAUUCCAGUACUGAGCCACCAUGGCCACUGCACCAUAUAACUACUCCUACAUUUUCAAAUACAUCAUCAUCGGGGACAUGGGGGUAGGAAAGUCCUGUUUGCUUCAUCAGUUCACAGAAAAGAAAUUUAUGGCAGACUGCCCUCAUACAAUCGGUGUGGAGUUUGGUACGAGGAUAAUCGAGGUGAGCGGGCAAAAAAUCAAGCUGCAAAUCUGGGACACAGCAGGACAGGAGCGCUUCAGGGCAGUCACCCGCUCCUACUACCGCGGGGCCGCAGGGGCACUUAUGGUCUACGACAUUACCAGGAGAAGCACUUACAACCACCUGAGCAGCUGGCUCACUGAUGCCAGAAACCUCACUAACCCCAAUACUGUCAUCAUUCUCAUAGGAAACAAAGCGGACUUGGAGGCCCAGAGGGAUGUCACAUAUGAGGAAGCAAAGCAGUUUGCUGAAGAGAACGGUUUAUUGUUUCUGGAAGCCAGUGCAAAAACAGGUGAAAAUGUUGAGGACGCCUUCCUCGAAGCUGCUAAGAAAAUCUACCAGAAUAUCCAAGAUGGCAGCCUGGACCUAAACGCCGCCGAGUCAGGGGUGCAGCACAAGCCCUCAGCACCUCAAGGCGGUCGACUAACCAGUGAACCCCAGCCUCAGAGGGAAGGUUGCGGCUGCUAAUGACCAAGCAACCCACCCCCCCCUUGCGCCUUUCCUCCUUUCUGUUCUGGCUGGGCUCCCUCCCUCAAGCAAACCCCUUCUUUCCAUCCAUUCCAACGCUUUCGUACGUUCAUCCCUCACUGUUUCAGGAGCUGCAUGAGAGCUGGGCUGGGGAGGAAAAGAAGGGCAAACAUCGACUUAAGCCAGACUGAGCUGGGCUAUGUGGACUACAUCUCUCCCUCUGUCUAUCUCUGUCUCACUUCCCUCCCAUCUGUGUCUGGCAACGUUCAGCCUAACCCCCCCCACCAGUAGGAGUGUAGAUGGCACCAGGAGUCACACUGAUCACUGACACCUUAGUGUUCAGCUGAUAGUGGUGAAAUGCACACACUGCAGAAGUUUCACAUGCCCCUUGUCAGUUUUGUAUAAAUUAAAUCUGAAAUUUAAACCCCAAACUCUUCAAAUGCACGUUUUAUGAUUUUAUUUUACUUUAUGCAAAUAAGUUUACUUUUCAGUGAGGGAAGAAGGUAAGAGAGAUAUAUUUAUUAAGCAGACACACACACAAAAGAAAUUCAGACAGAAAUUCCUGACAAAGUGUUAAGUUAUAAAAUCCCUGCAUUGUUUUUCUUUUGGGGUGUUUGAUUUAAGUCGGCAUUAGAUUUCAUUUUAAGUCAUUGACUUGCUCAGCUUUCCCUCAUGCAUCAAACCUUCAAAACUCUCCCAUCACUGUCAACACGUCUUAACCAGCAUCUGUUAUUGUUGCCUUAUCGGAACACUUUGUUUUGUUUUUUUUAUGCUACCACCGGCUUCACACAGAAUCAAUAAAUUAGCUCUUACAUUUUGUUAGAAAGUAAAAACAAAUCUCCCUUUUCUUAAAGCUGCACUGAAGAAGUGGUCUGUUUAUCUGGACAAUUGUUGAUGCCUCAUAUAACCAACACAAAGCAGCAUGCAACCCCUCCCCCCAUUUGACACAUUAAGUUGUAAAACAAAGAAAAAUGUUUUUAUUUCCUUAAAUUACAUUAUUUCUGUAACAUAGACGUUCCCUGACUGAACAGCUGUAUAUAUAUUGCUUCUUAACUGCUGGUGAUAACCUUGCUACUGUACUUUGGUUUAAAGAAAGUUAUCUGCCAAGAUCUGUACAGUCGGUGUGCUAGUGGGUUGCCUGUAAUUCAUGCUUUGGGAAAUUCUGUAACAUAGUUUCUAUUAAUGUGUGUAAAGGACAAACCCAGACGAGUCCCCGCCCCACCACCAUCCACCCUGUCUGCACACUACCGAGUUAGCCGGUACACUGAGGGGGGAGGCAAUCCGGUUUGAGAUAUUCAGAUUUUAUUUAUUUCAAACUUUAGAGUCAUGUCUGUACAGAUUAGACACCGGGGCAUGUUUGUGUUAGUCUGCUUCAUUUUCCCCACCCCCUGCGUCUCUGUAUUAUCUUUUUUGGGCUGCAGGGAUUGGUUUAUAUUUCUGGAUUUGGUGGGCUUCCUUGUCCCCAUGUCCCGCCUCUUUGCAGUUUGAGUGACCACUUCCUGCUUCGUCUGUCCACAAGUUAAAAAAAAAGGAAAAAAAUGGCAAAACUAGUAAAUAUGUAUAAAUUUUUAAAAAGCUGUGCUAACAUUUAAAUGCGUUCUUUGCGUGUAUAUGAUUUUAAAAUGUUGACAUUUUGAUUUUAAUGAUAAAAUACUCUAGUCAGAAAAAUAAAUUAUA